AUGCUUGGGGAAUCGAUCCAAGAAUUUUCAGAGGAGGAGAGAGCUGCAAAGGUCAUUCAGAGAGCCUGGAAAAAUUUUCUUAAUGUUGCUGUAUUCCAACACUUUAAAAGUCUGAUUGAUUUAAGAAGACAAGGGGAGCCACGUCAGAUAGUGAAGUUCAUUAAUCCUAAAGAGGCGGAGCUCCUCGAUGCUGCUGCUGGCAUUCAAGUCCGAUUCAGGCUGGGUGGGGUUAAAUUUCCACCAGAGAUAUACUAUAAGAUUUUUACUCACAGGCAUAUUGAAGAUCUGUGUGCUAACAGCCCUAGAGAUUAUACAAGGCUUCCAGCAAAGUACACAUCUCAUAAUAAAGAUGAUCCACCUCAGGUAGAGGACCACAGUGGCUGGUACCGCCGUGUAGAAAACAAUGGCUGGAGGCCUGUUUCCCAUAGAUUUUGGAUACCAACUGAAAAUGAAGUGUUGGAAAGCACAAAGGAAAGUGAAUUUCAUUUCUCUAAACUGCAGAGAAAGCAAGAUAUGGAAAAGAAAAGAAAAAUUAAAAAGAUAGAAUGGAUGAGGCAAAUGUACUACCUAGGAAACCUGGAGGCCAAGUCCACACAUCAUGAAACUCUAAGCCUAAUUCACAAAGCAACAAAAGGGCUAAUAAGGUGUAUUGAAGAUGGAGGGGUAGAUUCUGUGAUGGAAUGGGAAGUAGAUGAAGUGCUGAACUGGACAAAUACACUCAACUUUGAUGAGUAUAUUGCUAACUGGAAAGAAACUGCUACAAGCAACUCUUCAGAUAAUUUAAAAGAUGCCAGGCUUAAACAAAUACAGCGAAGCCUAUAUGUCAACUAUGGAGAUGUGUCAUUGCCUCCAAUGGAAGGACCAAGUGAUGAUAAUGAAAAUAUGAAAUUUGAAAAUACUUAUGUAAGACAUCACUUCACUCCCUUAACACCGAGUUCCAUGUAUGGAAUGAAACCCUAAAGGACUUCCUUUUCUAAGCAAUGGCCGUUCAAGCCAAUUUUUCAGUUAAAGCCA